UGGCUGACGCGGGGUCGGCUGAGGGCUGACGUGUGGCUGGCGCGGGUGCACGGGAUCAAUUUCUGGAUCAGAAUAAUAGAUAGAGACCUCCGUUGCCCAUAUUUCAGCUUGACAGCUUCAGAUUUUGGUGUGGGUAAGUGCGUGAUAGGUGCGGACCGUUGCUGAGAUAGUUAUACCUUCACGGCGCUUAUCAUUGAUGAUCAGGUGCAUGCCGGCAAAAUGGCCAACGUCAUCGUCGCGAUCAGUGCCGGCAUGCUGAUGGUGGCACUCACAGUCAACUUUUCUCUUCACAAGAUAGAAGAGGGCCAUGUGGGGGUGUACUUUAGAGGUGGUGCCCUUCUGCAGCAGACCAGCCAGCCCGGCUACCACAUGAUGGUGCCGUUCAUCACCUCGUUCCGCUCUGUCCAGGUAACGCUGCAGACAGACGAGGUCACGAACGUGCCCUGCGGCACGUCCGGCGGAGUGAUGAUCUACAUUGACCGGAUCGAGGUCGUCAACUGGCUGUCGCCGGACGCCGUGCAUCCUAUUGUGAGGAACUACACAGCCGACUACGACAAGACGCUCAUCUUCCACAAGAUUCACCACGAGCUGAACCAGUUCUGCUCGGCCCACACGCUGCAGGAGGUGUACAUCGACCUCUUUGACCGGAUUGACGAGAACCUGAAAGCGGCGCUGCAGAAGGACCUCACGGAGAUGGCCCCUGGCCUCACCAUCCACGCCGUGCGCGUCACCAAACCCAAGAUUCCUGAGUCCAUCCGCAAAAACUACGAACUCAUGGAGGCGGAGAAGACGAAGCUCUUGAUCUCGACACAGCGGCAGAAGGUGGUGGAAAAAGACUCGGAGACAGAGCGGAAGAAGGCAGUCAUCGAAGCCGAAAAGAACUCUGAGGUGGCCAAGAUCCGCUACCAGCAGAAGGUUAUGGAGAAGGAGUCGCUGCAGAAGAUAUCUACCAUUGAAGAUCAGAUGGAAGUGGCCCGGAAAAAGGCGACAGCAGACGCCGAGUUCUACUCGCGCGAGCGCCAGUCGACCGCCAACAAGAUGCUGCUCACGCCCGAGUUCCUCGAGCUACGUCGCUACGAGGCCAUCGCCGCUAAUAGCAAGGUCUAUUUCGGCUCGCACAUCCCCAACAUGUUCAUCGAAAACGCCGCCGUCCAGCCUGCCGCCGCCACCGGUGAUGCCACCGCGGCGGCGGCGGCGGCGGCGGCGGCUGCAGCCUCGACCGGCAGCAAGAGCGUGGCGUCGAAGCCGGAGCCAGCGGGGGAGCCUUGACGCAGAGCUCUGCUGCUGCUGCCGCGCCCAGCGCGCGCCAACCGCGGCGGUUCGGCGGCGGCCGCCGCGACCCGGAGAGAGCCGCCAGUGGUCCAGCCAGCUGUGGUCUGUGGUAUCGGGUCAACGUUCGGGGCGGGUGGGGCUCGGCUGUUUCCUCAACGGUGCGAGCGGCUGGCCGGCCGUGUGUCGCUCUCGUGGUCAGACACCGCGUGCACUCCCGGAGGUUUCCAGGGAUCAAAGCGCAGCCAUAGAUGAGGCGGGCGAUUUGUCGGCCCCUCCCACUGCUGCCGUCACAUGCGGGAGUGCGUGACGGGUGGCGCCGGUCCGGGGAGUCGUGCGAUUAGCCGCCUGCCACGUCCCGCUGGGGCUCAUUGUAAUACCAAGGUGCCCAGGCCGUAUCAUUUGUGGCGCAGGUCCCGUUUUGUUUGUUUGUUUUUGUUUUUUGUAUCCGCCGUGCGCGCAGGCACACCGUGGGCCUUGUGCGCGGUUCCUGAGCGUGGACACGGUGUAACACAUCCCCCGGUGGUCUGCCGUCUCUGGGAGAGCUCUUCACGGCAUGGAGCCUCGCGAGUAGGGACGGCGUGCCGUCCUGCGUUGCUGGCACGCGCCUGGCUGAGGCGGUGUUUUCGGCGAGUUUAGGCUGCCGGCUCACGUGUGUGAUACAAAGGCAAGUCCAGAGAGGUACUGACGGACACGCGCGUCCUACUGUUAGAGGUCGGCUUCGGAAAAAAGCAGGAUCACGAGCGGCGGCGGAGCUGUUGGCUUAUGCGUCGGGAUGUGAAUGUGAUGAAAUUAUGAUGUCUGUCGUGAAGCUCAAUCAGUAGGAAUGAGGACCUUCGCCAUAGCAUGCCUGUUAAGUGUUCAGUGGCGAGCGACGGAGAUGAACUGCUAGGUCACUGAACCGAUAGAUGUAGGUCACGGAUCAUUUUGAGUGUGACACUAACAGGAGGUCAUGGGCCUCGUCGGUCUGAAUGAGCGCAUGGUGAACAUCGACCAAGGGCAUUUUUGUGGUCCAAAAUAUACGUUCUGU